CGAUUGUGAUUUGCUCUUCCCAUGCUUCUUUUCCCAUCCCGUAAGACGGUCCAGCCCACGCUAGUCCAUCAGUCCACCUCCCCCAAAUCCCUCCGUUAUCUAUACUCGAUACGACGUCGUUUCAUAUGAUCAUCAUCUUCUGCUCUGUGCUUCUUGCUUUACUGUUCUCAACCACUGAUUCAAUCCUCUCUGUGUCCUAAUUAGGGUUUGUUUUACAUGCGAAAUCUCACGGUUCGCACCGCAAAACCAACCCAUAGAAUCGCGACAUGUACCUGUCGGAGAAGGCUCGUCCGAUUGAUUUCUACAAGGAAGGAGGAGGAAGAGAGAUGAUGAUCGAAGUGGUGGCCAAUAACGGGCUCUCACCUCAACAGCAGCAGCAGCAGAUGAUUCUAGCUGAGAGCAGUGGAGAAGACCACGAAAUGAAGGCGCCGAAGAAGAGAGCCGAGACUUGGGUGCAGGAGGAGACACGAAACUUGAUAAGCUUCAGAAGAGAGGUGGAUGGGCUCUUCAACACAUCCAAAUCGAAUAAGCAUUUAUGGGAACAGAUCUCCGCCAAAAUGAGGGAGAAAGGUUUUGAUAGAUCACCGACCAUGUGCACUGAUAAAUGGAGGAAUUUAUUGAAGGAAUUCAAGAAGGCGAAGCACCAGGAUCGGAGUAGCAGUAGUGGUUCGGCCAAGAUGGCAUAUUAUAAAGAGCUUGAGGAGUUGCUUAGAGAUAGGAGCAAGAAUGGUUCAUACAAGAGCCCCACACCUUCUAAGGUUGAUUCUUAUAUUCAAUUUUCUGAUAAAGGUCUUGAGGAUGCUGGUAUACCAUUUGGAUCGGUGGAAGAUGCACCAUUUUCAGCUAGUGGCCGGUCAACAGUCAACCUUGAAAGGCCUUUGGAUCAUGAUGGUGAUCCUCUUGCAAUUACGGCAGCUGAUGCAGUUGCAGCCAGUGGAGUCCCACCUUGGAAUUGGAGAGAGACCCCUGGGAAUGGUGGGGAGGGCCACUCUUCUUAUGGUGGAAGGGUCAUAUCAGUCAAAUGGGGUGAAUACACCAGAAGAAUUGGUAUUGAUGGAAAUCUAGGUGCAAUCAAGGAUGCAAUCAAGAGUGCUUUCAAUUUACGAACUAAACGGGCAUUUUGGUUGGAGGAUGAAGAUGGAGUCGUCCGAUGUCUUGACAGGGACAUGCCUCUUGGGAAUUACACACUCCACCUUGAUGAAGGAGUGACCAUAAAGGUCUGCCUCUAUGAUGACCCUGAUCGCAUAACUGUCCGAACGGAAGAGAAAACAUUGUAUACAGAAGAGGAUUUCCGUGACUUUCUUGCCCGACGUGGCUUGAUAGGCUUAAGAGAGUUGACUGGGUACAGAAGCUUUCACACCUUGGAUGAUCUCCAUUCUGGAGCAAUGUACCAGGGGGUGAGACUUCUGGGGGACUAGAAAUUUUGUUCUCUUUCCAUCACAGAGCUUUAAAGCCAUCCCUUAGAAUUGGCUCUUUAAGCUUAUCCUUUUCCCCAGUUUGUUAACUUCUGUGUAUUAUAAGUACUGUAUCAACCAAACUACCAUAAACUAUUUGGCCUGCUAAUUUUGUGUCAGCCUGUGGGGUUCUCUUGUUUA